AACAAAUAUUCCCAUCAAAGGGUUAUUUACGGAAAACCAGCUUACAACAAUCCGAUUCUGUAAAAUCUAACUAAAACUUCCAUAUAUUUUCUAUAUUUCUUUCGUUUUUUUCCCUCAUUCUUCUUCAAACUUACCUAAAUUACACUCUUCAUACUCCAUCCAAGCUUAGAAUAAAGAAUUCAAGGAAUAAAAGAAAAAAAAAAUGUCCGAAACAGAGGACCAAAAUCAUGAUCAGCAUACCCCAGCCAAAUACUUCUCUUCUUCUUCUUCUUCUUCAUUUUAUGUCUUCCUUAAACUCAUGUACGAUCCCCUCAAAAUUUUCUUGCAAAACAAACACAUUUUCUUUCCAAUCCUCAUUUUCUUGAACCUCCCUCUUGCUUUCCUUCUCUUCUCCCUUUCCUUCGCUUCCCGCCCUCUCAAACACCACAUCUUCCACCUCGAAUACGUUGCUGUCCUUUCUUACACGCGCUUCGAAGCGCGUCACGUCUUGAAAGAAUCCCGUGAAGAAUCACUGUCUCUCCUCCGUCUCAAACUCCUCUUUUCCUUUCCUUCCUUCAUUCUCUCUCUUCUGUCCUUCGUAUCCACCGUCCACGUCACCUCCCUCUCCCUCUCCUCUCCCCACCGCCCUUCCUUCCUCUCCACCACCACCGCCCUCAAACUCGCUUGGAAGCGGGUUGUUGUCACCUCCCUCUGUUCCUACGGCCUCUUCCUCCUCUACGUCCAACUCCCGCAGCUUUUCGCAGCCGCAUUUGGAAACCACCCUCGGAUAAGCCUAUCCAUUUUGGUAAUUGGUUUGGGUUUCGAAGUGUACAUAAUGGGGGUCUUGGGUUUGGGAAUGGUAGUGUCGACUUUAGAGGAGAAAUUCGGAUGGGAUGCAUUUAGGGUCGGGUCGAAUUCAAUGGCGGGGCGGAGAGUUUGUUGGUGGUGGAUUACUUGCAUGUUGGUAGCAGUCUCGGGAUGGAUUGGCAAUCGGUUUGAGAAGUUAACGGACAGUGACGAUUUGGUUAAGUCGGGGAUUUGGGCGGUGGUGAUGGGGUGGGAAUCGAUGGGGUUGUUGUGGUUUUACGGGGUGGUGAUAAUUUGGAGUUUUAUUGUUAGUACGGUUUUUUACGGCGAUUAUAAAAACCGGCUCAAUAAGGGUGAAAAUGAUAGCCCAAGCGGUUCGGAUGUAACUGAUUUUACGGUAGAUAUCAAGUUGAAGGAACCAGGACUGAGUACUGAGACGAUAAUGGGAGCUGAUGCAAUUGCUGAAAGUGGUGUUGAACUCGCAAUGGCGGCUGUGGCAGAGCAAGGAACCAGGACACUAAGGAGGCAGCAACAGAAUUGGAAGCUGAGCUUGAGCUGGGAAAAGAAGCUGAUAAAUCAGGAACUGAUCAUGAGGAAACAGACAAGGAGCUAAAUUUGGAGCUACAGUAGAGAAUGGGGUGCAAUGGUUGAAGCUAACUUGGAAGCUGAUUAU